CCCAAAGUUUAGACCCGACUGGAGCAAAAAGUUUUUUUCUAGAAAGUGAGCUGCGGAGAUUUGUUCUACGAACUAUGAAUCUUUCUUGAAAGAAUAUUCACGAACAGCUUCGACUUGGCCGAGGCGCAGGAAAGGUGGGACUCUUCCAGCGUUUGUUGUGUUUUUUCGUCUUUUGUGGCUGCGUCUGCCCUUUUUUUCUUUUGGAAAAGUUGGGGCCGGACGACAACACAGAUUCCAGUUUGGAGUAGAUAUGCGCUUUGUUACAUUCACAAGUAUGCCAGCAAGAAACAACAGGAAACCGCUGUCUUUCACUGCAGAUUUCGACAGCUAACACACUUUGGAGAAAAUAAAGUACUCGACUGUUAAACUUUAGAAUGACUCGGGAUAACUUUUACUGAGCGUCGUCGAUAUUUCCUGCUUUCCUGCUGUGUAAAAAAAAAAGUUUGGGAUUGGCUCAAACUUCUUUUUGUGAGUUUCUGAACGCGACAUUUUGGGACACAUAAAGUUCGCAGACUGCUUUGGGACAAUGGAUCCGAGCCAGCAUAACCCUCCUGCCGGACACCAAAUCGUCCAUGUACGGGGCGACUCUGAGACCGACCUGGAGGCGCUUUUUAACGCCGUGAUGAAUCCGAAAAACACUAUCGUCCCCCCUUCCGUACCCAUGAGGAUGAGGAAGCUGCCAGACUCCUUCUUCAAGCCUCCUGAACCAAAGUCCCAUUCCAGACAAGCCAGCACUGAUGCUGGGAGCGGCGGAGCUCUCACGCCACACCAUGUCCGUGCACACUCGUCCCCGGCCUCCCUGCAGUUGGGAGCUGUUUCUGGUGGCUCCCUGUCUGGCAUGCCCCCAGCAGGUGCCUCCCCUCAACAUCUCCGUCAAUCUUCUUAUGAGAUUCCUGAUGACGUACCCCUGCCCCCAGGGUGGGAGAUGGCCAAGACUGCCUCUGGCCAGAGAUACUUCCUCAACCACAUUGAUCAGACCACGACUUGGCAGGAUCCUCGCAAGGCCCUGCUCCAGAUGAACCAGGCUGCCCCGGCCAGUUCUGUGCCAGUCCAGCAACAGAACCUUAUGAACCCAGCCAGUGGUCCUCUCCCCGAUGGCUGGGAACAGGCGAUUACAUCGGAGGGAGAAAUCUACUACAUCAACCACAAGAACAAGACCACAUCCUGGCUUGACCCACGACUUGACCCACGCUUCGCCCUGAACCAGCAGAGGAUCACUCAGAGUGCACCAGUGAAGCAGGGAGGGCAGCUGCCCCCCAGCACCCACAGCGGAGUCAUGGGAGGCAACAAUCAGAUGAGGCUGCAGCAGAUCGAGAAGGAAAGGCUGAGACUGAAGCAGCAGGAGCUGCUUCGACAGAGACCACAGGAGCUCGCUCUAAGGAAUCAGCUGCCCACCAGUAUGGAUCAAGAUGGCAGCACAAACCCCGUGUCCUCCCCGAUGGCCCAAGAUGCCCGGACCAUGACUGCCAACAGCUCUGACCCAUUCCUCAACAGCGGGACCUACCACUCCAGGGAUGAGAGCACAGACAGCGGCUUGAGUAUGAGCAGCUACAGCGUCCCUCGCACUCCAGAUGACUUCCUCAACAGCGUGGAUGAGAUGGACACAGGGGACACACUUCCACCCUCCAUGGCAACACAGCCCAGCCGUUUCCCCGACUACCUGGACGCCAUUCCGGGAACAGACGUGGACCUGGGCACCCUGGAGGGCGAGAGCAUGGCGGUGGAGGGCGAAGAGCUGAUGCCCAGCCUGCAGGAGGCCCUGAGCUCCGACAUCCUCAACGACAUGGAGUCUGUGCUGGCAGCUACCAAGAUCGACAAGGAGAGCUUCCUCACAUGGUUAUAGAAGAUCGGAGCGGGGCGCUUCUUCCUCCUCUCCCCACACUCUGAACUGCUGCCUGCUCUAAUCUGUGAAGGAUUCAUAGAUGCUUUUACAAGACAUUUCAGCGAGCGUGUCUGGACUUCUGUCUCUGUCUCGGCGUGUAAGGCCAACCUCUUUUGAGGCAGUAUUGUUCUGUUCUUUUCACUGGUGUGUUAUCUCUUUAUUUUGUCUGUGUCUUCAAGGCUGGCCCAUGAACAGACAAUUACGCAAGGGUCCCCAAAUCUUUCACAGGUCUGUCAGUGAAUCUAGGGCAUCUCUACCUAGAGCAGGGGCGACUCCUUCCCCCGGUCUCCCCUCAUAGCUGAGCUGGGCGGGUGCAGGUACUCUCCUGCAAGGACUGCCGUCAUCAGUUAUCGCCUGGAGCCUCUGGUGCCUCUUUUCUCUUGCAAUAUAGUGUGAAGCAGCACUGCUUAACUGUAUUUGGGACUAUUGCAUCUAGCUUAAGUAGCUUUAUAUUUGGCCUUGUAAGUUUUUAUUCUUUCUUUUGUUGUUUGUUUUCAACGAGCCUGAGAAACCAAAAAUGAUGUAUUUGAAGCAUAAACAACAAUACUGAUUUGGAGUAAAGGUAAUGUGAGGCCCAGUUUGGACAUGUUGGCUUUGCUGGUGGGGUGGGGACGGGUGGAGUCAGAGUUGGAGCCUGGGGACCGACUACAUUGCUGCUUGGCUGUGCCAGCAAGUCUAAGUUAAACCUUUGAUAGAUCAAGUGCCUUCAGUUGUAAUUUUUAAGACACGAGCAACACGAACAAUUGAGUUUCUGUAACGCAGCAAUAAGCAUUAGGCUGUCUUCAUUUACAUCAGCCACACUUUCCUCCAGCCAACGUUCAAUAAUCAGAAUUGUACUUUGUUUUAUAAACACAUUAUAAGGGGAUUUAGGGAUUUCUGUUUGGUUUUUUAAACCCUAGCUUCUUUGUAUCUCAGUCUUAUUCAAGCCUAAUUCAUGAUUCAUUCUUUAUCUUUUAGUAUUCUUUUAUUUUUAGGUUGCUACAUGUGUAUGAUAGCUUAGAUCAAAUGGCAUUUUGCUUUGUUUUUAACCUCUUUCAUAGAUGAAUUAAUACGUUUAUAACAGGGUCGACUGUUAUCGCAGCGCAUCGCUUCACCGGGAUGAAAAGUCUGCCAAGACACAGAUUGAUUCAGUUUUGGCUUUUUUUUAACCAUUUAGCUGAUUCUCUUCUUGUCUCUGAUUUACUAUAUACAUAUUAGUGUUAUUGUUUAUUUGUUGAUCACAUGCAGCUUUUACUAUCUUUCCUAAACAUUAACCAAAAAAGGCAGAUCUUUUGGCGAAACAGAAACUAUAGCUCUUUGAUCAAUUAAACCUUGUGACAACAUACAGUGUACAAGAGUUACAACGUUUGAAAGUGUCUUCCCAAGGAGGGAGCUGAACCCCUCGGCUCGAUGCUGUGCAGUGUGUUGAAGUAAAGGGUUUAGAGACUACAGCUAGGACAAGUUUGAGCAGGUUUAAGAGUCAUGUUGAGGGGUAGAGAAGAAGGCCAGGGUUUGACUGACGGCGGUGAGUUACGCAGAUUGUUGAAUUUUUUUGUGAAAUAAUCAAGAAACAAUCAGUUACUAUCUCAGUCAGGAAUUGUUGUGGCGGAUUCCAAAGAUGUUUUUGUAAUGGCGCUAACACUUAUUUUUGCUUCCAAUUUCACAGAGUCCAGAAACAGUAUGAUUUGUUAAUCAGCCUCUGUAUGAACACACUGUAUAAGCUAAUGAGAAAAUGAUGUAGGUUUUAAGUGUUAAUGGACACGUCUGAAUAGGUCUAGCUGAGAGAUUCUUUUGUUUUUUUUAGACAAGUUGGUUGUUUUGAGUGACUAACCCUGAGAUUUAAGGAUGAGGUUUCAGAACAGAGAAGCAAGUGAUUCUUGUAUAAGCGCUAACAUGUUUACAUUCUCUCUGAGUAAGAAACUGCUACAGCCACAGCGGACACAACACACUGACAGCUCUCACAAUCACGUUAUUUUGAUGUUUACAGCAUGACUACACCUUUGCAUUACUGCAGUAACUUUUUGAAUAAUCAGCCUGCCGUGCAUGCCCUUGGCUGAGGACUUGCAGGAUGUCACACUGAUUCUGUUGCCAACCAGUACGUAUUGGUAGCAUUAACUUGAUGGAACAAUUUUUUUUUUUUAGAUCAGAGAACAUGAACAAUUUUUUUUAUUCUGUGUGAGAAACCUCUUUUUAGUUUUGAUUUUAUUGAUCAUUAAAUUGUGUUGAUGAUGGAGUUAAGAUGGACAAACAGUGUUGGUGAGAACAAUGCAACUAAAAUGAGUGGUACACUACAGUGCUUGUAUUGCACGGCUACAAAGUUUUCAUUUUGAUGCAAUGACGCAUUUGUCACACAGAUCUGAUUUUAUGCUUACCUAGUGUGUAAUUGUCAGAGCAUAUUAGCUGUUGACUGUCAUUGUAGCAGUAGAACUAAUCACACAAGUUAAAGGAUUUUGUAUUUAGAGUUUUCUAAAUGCACACGAAAUGAAUUUAUAUUCAGUAAUGAUCUGUUCAUUUUUUUGAUAGAUAUGUGCAUGUGUUUUAGAACAAUAAAUUCUGUUACAUUAUAUCUUGCUUCAUAUGAUACUUUGAAAUUGGCCUGAAAUAAAGUAUAUACUUUGUGGUAA